AUGGUAGUCGUAGCCACUGCGAGCAAGAAGAGGCAGAACAUCAAGAAGGAGCGAAGAAGUCUGCGUCUCUGGGCGGAGGGAAAGCGUGAAGAGAUCCUUCAAAAGCAUCUGAACCGUGUUUCGGAUGCCAGACUUCGCGGUACAUGGGCGGAAGAACGUGCGGCGAUCCAGGCAGCCUGUAAUGAAUAUCAUGCAUGCAUCCCUUGGAACACCCCAGAUCACGUCGAGCCCGAUAUCGUUCAUGACUAUGACCCCAAGGCUCCAGCUGUGGUCGAGGAUUUGACGGAGGAGGAGGAGAGGGAGAAGCGCCGCCUCAUUAAGAUGUACAAUGCGCGCAUCACUCGAUGGUAUGCGUACCGCAUCCGGCGCACCCUCAGGAAGAACCGCGAGAUGGGCCUCGAUCCAUGCAAGAGUCCUUACGCUGUCCUGCUCGGCAAGCUCUCCGGGAUCUCACGAGCGCCCAAAGCACGUCAGGCGUUUCAGCAAUUCCAGCGGGAGUCGUGGAAGGACACCAUUGCUCCGGUCAUUGCUAUUCGUCGUGCUGAACUGUCGCCGGGUGCACCUUAUCGAGCUGGUUUUCGCGCAGAUGUUGCACGCGAACUGUUUGCGGCGUUGGGCGAGGAUGAGCGGGAGGCGCUGAAACAGCGUGCGUCAGUAGAGGCGGAGGAGAAUAAGAGGAUCUAUUUGGAGGCACUCCAGGCCCUACCUUCCCGAGAUCCUGUGGAUCGCCACAAUGCUAUCCAAGCCAUUAGGAGCUUCAUCUUCCCCAUUCUGAAGGGAAUCUUCGAACGGACCGGUUUACACGCGACCCUCAUCGUGGGUGGGCCAAUUCCCGAGUUUGGCGGCGACAUUAGGACUUAUUCCGUUUCUUAUGGCGACAACAAGAACAUGGUGCCGGUUUCCUGGGCGGAAUGGGACAAGGAUCGGUUCAAAAGUGACGUGCGAGACUGUUUUGUGGACUAUCUGAGGACAGCAUACUCGGCCGACGAUUGUACCGCCGCGGCACUCCCCCAAGACGUCAUGGACACUCUGAUCCAGGAGGGAACGCUGCAUACGUUUGAUGACGACAAGAAGCUCACUCGGAACGAUAUCGACUGUCCAUCAUCUGAUGAGGAUGACGACAACGAGGGCGCCAACUCGAGCGAUUCGGGUUCUGACACGGAUAUAGACGCGGUUGCACUGGCAGAGGCGGUCAAGAAGAAGAAGGCGCUAUACAAGAAGGAGGCCGCUGGCAAGCCCUCAAAGUCUUCAGCCGCGAAGAAGCCGAAGAAAAAGAAGGUCACUUCCGCAAAGACGCCGUCAAAAGUACCUAGCGAUGCCUCUGCUCCGACUGCUGCGAGGCCGAGGCCGACAGCCAAAAAAAGCACAGGAGCGACGAGUGCCAGUGCCAGUGCCAUACCAGGUCAAUGGACUGCCUCUUCUGCCACUGCGGCGUUGGCGGCUACGGGUACCGCAUCCGAUCUCACAUCUCGGGCCGCAUCUCUCCUUCCUCGUUCCACCUCUCCCAGUCUCAUGUCAGACGCUGGUGCUGGCGUCUCAGCAUCCGAACCCGCGUUUCAUCGACCUGCAACCCCGGAUCGCGAACCAACACCCAGUCCCCUUCCCGCUCCUGCUCCUCGUCCCACGACUAUCACGUGGGCCAGCCCAAUCGGCGACAUCACCGUUGCCGAUCGAUGGGCGGACCUUCGUGACGACGAAUUGACAUACACUCAAAGGCAGAAGCGGAUGAUGGCUCGCAAUGCAGCCUUGAUGGGUGCACUGGGUCUCAAGCAAGCGGCUGCGAAGGCGAUGGGACCGGAUGGGCUCGUCGAAAAGGCAAAGAAGCCCACGAAGAGAAAGAUGCCAAGCAAGGAGCUUGCGCCCGAGAAACGGAGACGGUCGUCGCGCCUACAGAGCGAUUCUUUGAUGAGUGAUUCUUCGAUGGACGUGGACCAAGCGGAUGUGGGUGAUCGUUCCGGGUCGCAAGAUGAAGGAGAUUUCGCGUCAAUGGAUGUGGACGAGGCUGGCGCUGGAUCAGGAGUGAGUGGAGAUGCGGAGGAUUUGGCACCGCUGAACUCGGAAGCGAAUGCUCCAAGUCCCAAGACUCUGGACAACGCAACUCCGGCUGAUGAGGGCGGCUCUGAGGGCGGCACGAUUGCAGGGGGGGCAGCCAAGCCCGACUCACACUCCUUGCAAGACUCGGAUGCUCCUGAGCCGCAUUCCCCACCUGCCCCCGACCCGCAAGUCCCGACCACACGUCCCCGCUGCCCCGAUAAAGCUGCUGUCUGGUUCCAGAACGCACACAAGAAGUUCAUGGCAGUGGAUCUCGGACCGGAUUUUGAUGCUGUUGUCACUGCCUGGACGAGGGUAGAGGAUGCGUCGCGGUAUGCCGCAGGCGACGAGGGUAUCUCCUCCAAUCAUCGGCCUGCGGCAGUGACAACCUGGAUCCGGGGGAAGAGGACCAAGAUUCCGUCGAUUCCGGACACUGAUGCAUACGCGAUGCAGUGGGAGAAGUGGUGGACAACUCUGCAACCGGAAUGGCGGGUUGCGGACACUGUCGGUGGAGCAGGAUGGUCACGGGUGGAGUACGGAGCUGGUGGUCGAGAGUGGGGCCCGCUUUACAGGUGGGGUCCCAAUGGUGCUCAGAAUCUGGUCGCUGCGUUGUAUUUCUGGGGACUGCGGCUGCGAGAGUCGUCAACAAGCAACCAGAUCGCUGUAUGGAAUGAAGCUGUGCAGGACCUCGGUUGGAUGCUCGAGGGAUUGGCUUCAUUCUACGAGCUAUGGAAGAAGCGCGGGUCCUGGUAGUGCUUUUAACAUUGUAUUUGUGUAGUCUAUGCACGUGAUCAUAUAUCUUAUUGGAGUUGAUACCAGUCCACACUGCAUAGUGAUGGCGGUAUCAGCGCCUGAU